AUGGUCAAGCUUGCGGGAAACAAUCUUGCCAGUCUCGAUGGAACCGAGAAUGGAAUCUAUCCCAUCUACUCGUCAAAUCCAAAUUCAGAGACGGCAUGGUCGAAGGCUCUUGGUGCUGCUGAGGCCUCUCCGGACAAUGACUUGAGUCAUACUGUCUUCUUCACAUCGAAGACUUUCCCUAUAGGGGAGCGUUACCCAAACUUCGCGGACUUCACCGACGUUCGAGGCUUGCUUGCCGGUGUCAGAGUCGAAUCGAUGGACAGAGACAUUGACAAGAGCAUCCUGAAGAUCACGGGGGCGAUCUGUGAGACCGGCACGACAGAAGUGGCGUUACGCGACACGGAUCGCGCACAAGGUCCUCGACGGCUUUCCCGACAUGGACAGGAAGCCGAGCGUCAUCUUGACAUCGGCCCAUGCCAUCACGAGACAAUGGACAACAUCAAAGUCCUGAAGAAAAAAAAGGAUGAUUGGGUUGGCAAUUGGCUGUCAAUGCUUCAAUGGGUGUGGUCCAAGCGGAUAGAUGACGAAGGCAACGACCCCCGCAGAGUCAUCUUGAUCAUGCCCUACAGGUCGUGGGCGAGAAAGACUCUGGUGACCAAAGAAGAGAAUGACAAAGUAACAUACUCUUCGUCCUUCGCCUCGCAAAGCCGUGACUUUGAGGUCUUGAUCUGCGAUGAGGCUCAUCGUCUCAAGGAGCGAUCAACGGUAUCGUUCAAGGCCGUGUCUCUGAUCGCAGCGAGCAGAGUUCUACUCACCACCACGCCUUGUCUAAAUGACCCCAAGGAUUAUCUGGCACUUGCCGAAAUCAUUUGGACUUGCCGGCACCAAAUCCUCGACCAAGAGGAGCGAGACUUCCUUCUCGAGUUGGAGAAGAAGGGUUAUGGACAGUUCGCAAAUACCGUCAAGUCCUUCUGUCAAGAUGAGAACACUCACCGGACUCUGCGAAGUCUCGCUUCGAAGCCCGAGAUAGUGAAGGCUUUGAUUCACAACUCGACCGAGAAGCAGAGCUGGGAGGCUGGGUUCCAUCAUUUCAGCUCAGUUGCUAUCCUGCGCCGAUCAGCUAGCUCCGCAAUCUUCCGAAUGAAAGGCAAAGAACAUCCCGUCAGCUUAACAUCCGUUUUGCCUCAAUUGAGACCAUCGUCCGUCUCCAUUGACUUCGAGACGGAACUCAAGUCCAAAAUAGAAUACAGCAUGCUGUAUUUGUAUACGUAA